AUGUUGCCGACUGGUGAAGAUGCUGAAAACAUGGAACAAUCCACAAUGACAUAUGUGUUUAACCUAUUUGGGAAAGGUGUUACACAAAUGUUACAAACUUCUGUUCAACAACAAACGUAUAUCGAUGAAUUAAGAUCUCAAGUCCGUUCUCUUCAGACUCAAGUCUCAAAUCUUACAGCAUCGAUUGAUGAGAUUGAAAACAGAAUCUUUGUUAGACUUCAAAGUAUGCAACCAACUAUUUACACAAGAGAAGGAAUUCCAUUCGAUGAUGCACUCGAUGCAAUUAAUGCAAAGUUACAAUCACAGAGUGAAAAGCUCAUAACAAGUGCAGAAACAUUGUCAAAAUUCGAUAGUGAGAUACAAAAUAAAGUUGAUAGAGAAGAUUUUGCAGCAUCUACACAAGAAAACGCCAGAUUAACUGAAGCGUUUCAAGAACUCUCAAAUGGAAUGGAAUCACUUCAAAAAGAGCUUCAAAGACAACGCCAAGAAAAUCAAGAUAAUAACGAGCGAAAUAUUCAAUCAAUUAAGUUACAAAUUCAACAAAAUGCACUUCAUAAGACACUUAACGAUGGUCCAGACGAUUCAGAAGACAAAUACGUUACUCGCGAUGAAUUAAAAGAUAUUCUCGCGAAAAUCAAAGUCAUGGGACCAAGUGGAGGGUCCGGUGAGGAUGACACAUCCGCAAUUGUUGAAUAUGCCUUAUCAGGAGAAGGCGCAACCGAAGAAAAAGUUAAAAAUGCUUUUGAAAUGCUUCAAAAGAAGCAACAAGACCUCGACAGCAACUACAAAGCACAGAAAGGCCGCAUAGCAGAAGAAUACAACCGUCUCAUGAAGAUUGCAGAAGUAAAUCAAGGCGAAGAAGAAGAUGGAGAUUAUGAUUACGACUGGGAAGACGAUGAAGGCUGGGCAUCAGAUGGAGGUGAAUAUUCUGAUGAUGCCGAGCAAUUCGAGCUCCGUUCUGUAGCUGUAGACUUCAAUGAAGGCAUCACUUUUGAAGAAACGGAAACAAGAAGUUAUGAAUCGUGUGAAGGCCUCAGAAGUGUCGGCUUACAAGCAGAUGUCGACAAAUUCCUUGAGCAGCAGAGCCGUAAGACAGCAGAUGAGUCCGCAGAAGGUGAAGCAGAAGACGAAUUCGAAGAUAUCGUAACAGAAGUCGAAAAAGAAGUUUUAAGCAACAGAAUGGCCAAAUCCGCGAGAUCCAAAGAACAGAAGAGUACUCAUUCCAGCAGUCGUCGCGACAAGAGCCAGGAGAACUUGCAGGAAGAAGGCGAAGAAAGCUCAAAGAAGAAAUCACAAAGAAAGAAAGUAAAGAAGCCAAAGAACGGAAAUGGAAUGAAACAACUCAUCGACCAAAUGAAGGAUAAACAACAAGCAGUUGCAGUAACAAAAGGACCAGCAGCAAGAGUCGAUGAAGGAAAGAUAACACAGAAGAUAUUGGACACUGUCAUGCCGCGUGUCGAGAAUUUACUUAUUGACGCGUUUUCAGGCGGAAAAGGCGGUGGAAUCAAAUUGGAAAGAAACGAAGCAAAGCAGUUGAUACAGCAAUUAACAGCAUUAGAGAAUAUUAAGACAGAAUUGAAGCAACAAAGAGUUAAAUUAACUAUGAAAGCUGAUAAAGGAAAAGUUGAAGAAGACAUGAGAAUAAGAGUGACAAGAGAUGAAUUCUUCGGAUUCUUGAACCAGAUAUUCCCUGAGAAUGCAAGAGUUCAAGAAUUAUGCCACACAAAACCAUCUGCGACUGGUGUUUUGCCGCCUCUUAAGAAACAAAGAGAUGCUGUGGAUGCUGUUCCUCAAGUUCCUCCUGACGCAAAACCAAAGCCGAAACAGGCUAAAGGACCUUUGACGUUAGUAAUGAACAGGAACUCAAAGAUGCUCAAAGCAAACCAAGGACUCUUGAAGGGUGUGGAUGGACAUUACUACAUGAGAGACACAAGUCAAGAUGGUUCUCAGCCACCAGAAAAAUCAAAAUCUGCAAUGUCUUCACAGGAAAAUUCACUGGCACAAUCAUAUGAUUUCCAGAGAUAUAUGCCUGUUGGUGGUUCUAAGCCUAAUGAACAACCACCUCAGGCUUUGAAUAUGAUUAGAGAAAAGACACCUGUUGACCAAUCAAAUUAA